CGAAGGUGGUGUCACUGAAGACGACGAUGGCGGCAACGAUCGACGAUCUGCUGAGACUGGAGAUGCCCGCUGACGAGAAGCGCAUCAUCGCGGAGUACAUCUGGGUGGGCGGGUCCGGUCUGGACUUGCGCAGCAAGCCCCGCACUCUCCCCGGCCCGGUGAAGUCGGUGUCUGAGCUUCCCAAGUGGAACUACGAUGGCUCUAGCACGGGGCAGGCUCCCGGCGAGGACAGCGAGGUGAUUCUCUAUCCCCAGGCCAUCUUCAGGGACCCCUUCCGAGGCGGCGACAACAUCCUUGUGAUGUGCGACUGCUACACUCCUCAGGGCGAGCCCAUCCCCACCAACACGCGCUAYGCCGCCAACAAGCUGUUCCAGCAGGCGCUCGACGCGCAGCCGUGGUUUGGGCUUGAGCAGGAGUACACGUUGCUGGAGAAGGAGCACAAGUGGCCGCUGGGCUGGCCCGUGAAUGGCUACCCGGGCGCGCAGGGGCCGUACUACUGCGGCGUGGGCGCCGACAAGGCGUGGGGAAGGCGCAUCGUGGACGCCCACUACAAGGCCUGCGUGUACGCCGGCAUCACCAUCAGCGGGACCAACGGCGAGGUGAUGCCCGGGCAGUGGGAGUUCCAGGUGGGGCCGGCCGUCGGGAUCGCGGCAGGGGACGAGCUGUGGGUGGCGCGGUACUUGCUGGAGMGGAUYACKGAGAUGGAGGGGGUGAUUCUGUCCCUGGACCCGAAGCCCGUGGARGGCGACUGGAACGGUGCCGGGUGCCACUGCAACUUCAGCACCAAGGCGAUGAGGGAGGACGGCGGAUGGGAGGUGAUCAUGGAUGCCGUGAAGAACCUGGGGCUGAGGCACAAGGAGCACAUCAAGGCGUACGGCGAGGGCAACGAGAGGCGCCUGACGGGCCGCCACGAGACGGCCAGCAUGGACAAGUUCUCGUGGGCCGUGGCMAGCAGGGGAACCUCCGUSCGGAUCGGAAGAGACACCGARGCGAAGAAGAAGGGGUACAUGGAGGACCGACGCCCGGCGUCCAACAUGGACCCCUACGUAGUCACCUCCCUGGUCUUCGACACCACCACGCUCUGGAAACCAUAGAUUGAUUGGGGGUCAGACAAAGCCGCUCAGUAGUUAUCUCAUGUUUUUUUUUUUUUUUUUUUUUUUUUUUUUUUUUUUUUUAAUCUCAUGUGUUCAUGACAUUCCAUCGACGAGGAAUUGUGGGCGUCCGGCGACACAGCUGCAUGGAAAUGGUAGUUGCAGAACUUGCAGGCUUCAAUCUAGAUUGGUUGUCUACGUUGGCUUGUUGUCUUCGUUGCCUUCGCUCUUAGCAGGAUUAUGGUGGACUUCGUCAUCAUUGGCUUUGCUUUGAGUAGGAUUAUGGUGAACUUCACAUUGAUAGGAUUAUGUAUGGUGGAUUUAAACAAAGUAGGAUUAUGUAUGGUGGACACUUGACUUGAUAAAUUAUGAGCAGUACG